AUGGCUUCUUCCUUCUUAACGAUUCGGGACGUCGCCAAGCGUCCCAUUUUCAGUUUUCCCUUCGUCAUUGCCCCACCAGCUGACCUUUUGAAGGAAAUAACCAGUAUCGUUUUGCCCAACCUCGAGCAUGUUCCGUUUGCGUUGUCUGUUGUCUGCACCGAUGGACAGUGUCUUGCGUACGGUCCAGAAUUGUUUCCGGCCCGAGGAAGUACCAUAAUACUUCACGCACCUGGCGAAAUCCAAUUGGAUGUGGAAAGGGGGGAGCUUCGCAAAGGGGACUCUCGGAUGUUGCGGUCCCGCUCCCGGCCACAAUCGGGUGAAAGCUCCCCACUCCGGAAAGCCAGAAAAACCUCUUCCAGGGGCUCGCCCACCAAUUCUCCAACCGCUGCUGCGGCUAACCCUCCGACGGCCGAAGAAGUCAACAGGGUCGUAAACACAGUGACCUCCGCGCAAUUGCGGCAGGGGCUACAAGGCGCAAUGAGGUCCUGGUGCCAUCGUAGAGAUCAAGUAUGCGUGGUAUCGGGGGAGACCACGGAUGACUCGCUGAAAUGUGCCCAUAUUUUGACUCCUGAGUACGGAGAAGAAUGGUUUGCGGAACGUUCCGACUGGAGUUUGCAGGCAGGUGUCCCUGUGGUUGCGUCGCGCUAUUCGCCAUCGAUGGACGUUCGUAAUGGUAUCAUGCUUCGUGCGGAUCUCCAUGAGAACUUUGAUGCAUUUCGGUUUUCCAUUUAUGCCAAGGGAGAGAAGUUUUUUGUACACGCUUUCAGGCCCAUGGCGGAUCUUGUCCAUGGGAGCGAGAUUAUCGUACCCAUGCUAAACGACCGCCAUAAGCCGCCUUCUUUUUAUAGGGACUUAUUCCCCCAUCGGGACGUGGUCAUGGAGCAGUUCAAACAAGCAGUGCUGCACAACGUCAGAGCAGCUGGAGAGAGCAAAGACUUGUUUGAGGACACGGACGAAGACGGUGUAGGAUAUGAGACUUUUGGCGAGAGUUUAGAACUAGAAGGAUGGGAGGAUGAACGGGAGAUAGAGAGGAAGUUGGAACUUAGUCGGGUGAGGAGAACCUCGUCAUCCACGAUUUAUGACUCGCCCGCGCUUGCCUGA